AUGCCACAUCCUUUUCAUUUGCAUGGACAUAAAUUUGUUGUCCUUCGAAUGGGAUUUGCUGAACAAUUUAAUGGAAAUGGAACUUUAAAAGGAUUAAAUAAACAUUUGGAAUGUUUGGGAAAAUCUACUCGUUGUGCAGAAAUGAAAUGGUCUAAUAAAAACUGGGAAGAAGGUGAAAUUCCAGAAAUAAAUAAAAAUCCAGUAUUGAGAGAUACCGUUGUUGUACCUGCUAAAGGCUUUGUUGUUAUAAGAUUUCGUGCAAAUAAUCCUGGCUGGUGGUUUGCCCAUUGUCACCUUCUAAUGCAUUCCAUGGAUGGAAUGAAUUUUGCUUUUCGUGUGGGUAAGGAUAAAGAAAUACCAUCCCCACCAAAAGGAUUUCCUCAUCAUUGUGGGAUUUAUGAAGAAUUACCAAUAGGUAAAGAAGGAAGUGAUUAUUUAGACGAAGAUGAAAUGAAUAAAAUGAGCUGCAAUAAUGGAAUAGUUAUUGGAUUGGAAACAUCAAAAAUAAUUAUGUUAUUUGUUGGAUUUUUAGUUAACAUUUAUGUAUAUUUAUAA